AUGACAGCAAUACGUGCUGUACACGCCAUUCUUGUAGUCGUUUUCGUCCGUCAAAUUAAAGUCCUUUUUGGACUUUGCAAAGACAACAUAAGGUGUCUCAUCAAAUUCAUCCAAGAAACGAAUGAGUGCAAACAUAGUCAAGCUGCUCUACAGCUGCAACAUCCAGUUGAUGUGUCAAAUGACUACAGUGAAGACGAACUGGACGGUAAUCCAGUUGCACCAGACAACAGAGUGCGCAACCGAAGAAGACGUGUGCCCCCCUCUGCUGCGGAAUCUCCACCUCCAUCUGAUGGGAAUAGUUCCCCUUUCCGCUUGGAGUUCACGACUCUUCUUGGGAACGGGAGCUCAAUGUCAUUCGGGGAUGUUCUUCUUCUUAUGGACAUCUCUAUAAAGCAGUGUUUCUCAUGGGCAGCGAUAGAAGACGUCUUGAAAUUCAGUAACAUUUUGUUGGGAAGAGACGUCCUUCCAGACAACAAGUCUCUAUUUCGCAAGUUUGCUGGAGCGACGCCUGAAGACAUGCAUUUUCACUUUUAUUGCCCUACCUGCGAGCAUCCACUAGUGAAGACGACAGGAAAGGUUGCAGAGCGCAACAACGUGUCAACAACAUGCGCAGUCUGCGGAAAGAAGUACAGUGGCUUGCCCCUUGAAAAGCAGUUUGCUUCCAUCCUUGCAAAUGAUUGUGUGAGAAACCAGCUGCUUCAGUCACUGGAGCACAGAACAGAGCCACAGAAUGGAAUGUCGGACAUCACAGAUGAUGCCUUCUACAAGGACCAGCGGCAAAGGCUUCAUUGUAAAGACCAAGGUCUCACGCUGACCAUGAGUGCAGACGGGAGCCCUGUAUUCAAGUCAUCCACUUACUCUAUUUGGCCUGUGCAUGUUGUGCUUAAUGAACUGCCUCCAUAUCUUCGCUGGAGCAACAUGAUGACGUCCCUUCUUUGGUAUGGCUCGAAACAUCCAAAUAUGACUCUGCUGCUUCAGGCUUUUGCUGAACAAAUGAAAAGGCUCUCAGCAGAUGGGAUUACAUGGAAUGCAGGCGGUCAGGAGCUCCAUUCAAAGGUCUACUGCAUCACAAGCGUUGCCGAUGCCCCAGCCAGGGCUUCGAUACAAAACAUGCUCCAAUAUAAUGGGUAUUACGGCUGCGGCUGGCGCCUUCAUCCUGGACUUUGUGUUGAAGGCUCUGUCAAGUACCCAAUGACGGUCGGCAUGCAAAAGGUGUCCCAUACCAGAUCCUGUCUCGCAUUUUUCUUCAAAGUAGCUUUCGCCAACUACAGUGUAUGGCUUCGGAGGAAGUGCAGGAACUUUGCUCACAAAUGCCUAAAAAAAGAGAUGGUGCAGUGA